CAUCUGAGCCCGAACAUGACGGCUGGUCAUGAGAGCUCUGCUAACUUGCCGUUCUCUAUCGAUAAUAUUUUAAGAGAAGACUUUGGUCCACAGAGAACACAAGUAACGACAAUUCCAAGAUAUUAUUAUACUGGAUAUUAUGCUGGGACUACUUGGCCUUAUUAUUAUAGAUUCUUUCGCCCUCUAGCUUUUACUCGUUGGCCUUGGCUUGUCAGUCCAUUUAGGCCCAUUGCGGGGGCUGCAAGGCAUGUCAUUGCUUCAAAUCAAGAACGUUUGGAAAAAAUAGACGAAAACUUGGAGAGAAAAGUAGAAACUGAUACAUGCAGGCCUGAUUUGGACCAUAGUGAUUCUGACUUAGAAGAAAUAAGCUCAGCAAACUCUAGCACAAAAGUAUCCCCAGGUAAACGAAAACACGAGGACGUCGRAGAAACAACAGAAUCUCGAACUAUUCUCGAAGAGCCAAAGAAGAAACGAUUACGGAGUCAAUUCACCGAAAUGCAAUUGAAAUAUUUGGAAAACUACUUUUCAAACAACUCUUACUUGAGUCGAGACGAAAGAAACGUACUCGCUCAAGCCCUUGAUAUGACAGAAUUGCAAAUUAGRAAUUGGUUUCAAAAUAAGCGAUAUCAAAAAAAGCACAAAGACGCGACUUUAAAUGCAGGAGACAGUACGGYUUCGUCUAUAAAGGACAGUGUGGAACCAAGUGCAGCCAGUACAUCAGCUUCUAAAUCGUAAACUCCUUAUUCCGCAGAAAAAAAUCCCUGUGUUGUGCUAAGUAUAUUAUUUAGCUGGGRAAUUGAUUGGAAACAAUAACUUUAUGAUAACUUAUAGGCGUUCUACGCCAUGAGAAGUAUUUAUUGAAUCGACUCUCGGGGAUCUUAAUACAAAUAGCUAUACUUCGACACGAUCACGGCCAUGUUGUUAAACGCUUAAAUCCACAAACAUUUUUCUGUAUAUUUUCCCCGGCACUAAAUGACCACACUAUCGUCGAAGUUUGUGAAUUUCUGUUAAGUGUGGGGUUUUUCCCAUAUUUCAAAGGGAACAAAUAAUUUAUUAGUUUUUCCGCCUCAUGACGAAGAAUCCGGAAUCCAACAAAAUAUUAAUUAGCUCAGGAAUCCGGAAUUCAAAUUAGCGACUUCAAAUGCUUCUAAUUGUAAUACAAAAAAAUAUGCUUCGAUGUUUUGUGACUUUUGUGCACUGUGAAUCCACUAUGRUGGAGAUCCAAGAAUACUGGCCGAAAUCUUCGAUGGAAUCCAGAAAUUAAACAGACCGGACUCUUUGUUAUGGGGCAAUUUCAUUUUUCUGCGUUAUUAUUAUUCUUAAGUGACAUAGAUUCAUUUUCGCAACUUAGCACAAUUCUGUUUAGAAACAUUGAGGGUGUGACGGGCUUUAUAAUGCAAUGCACAGUACAUAUCACUGCAUAGAGCAAUCAAAACAUCCUGUAUAGAUGUAUAUAAGAGCUUACACCACGGUGAAUUGUAAAUAAGAGCUGGUGUAUUUAUUAUUCGAUCCAAAUCUAAAAAUUAUAUGAUUAUAAUUUGGGACGGAAAAAAGAGAGAACAUUUUGAGAUUAUAAUGGUGCUUAGUCGUAUAUCAGUCACAUCAUCCUCGGCAUACGAGUGUAAUUCUAAAAUCUUCACAUGAGAAAGAGCGAGCGAACCAUAUUCCGAGGUUGGUCGUCAAGGCUGAUAACAAAGAAAACUCCCAUAAUUCUUAUCAACAAUUAACUUAUAUUCCAUGAUCUUACAUCACAGUUUAUAUUCGCGCUUGUGUGGCACAAGGAAUGAGUUGGUUUGUUUUCUUAUUCAGUUCACGUUUUCAUUCAUAACUUGAAAACAAAAAAUGUAAAAAAUGAAAAUAAAAAAUAAAUGAAAGUCAAAUUGA